GCCGCGUGGUUGGUUACUAAGGAGACCAGAGUUGUUUGACAACGGGGGACACGAGACUGGGACCGGAACAACAAAAAACUCUGUGUAGUAAGUUCUCGAUCCAAGAUGGCCCAGGCAGGUGUUUCUCGCCCUGCAUCACAAAUGAGCAUAGGCUCGGCUCGUGUCGGGCUUACUCUGCCGGAGAUUCAGCACCCGAUCUCUCGACUUGGCGACCCCGAUAAAAUCUCCGUCCGCGGCGUCUCGAGGCAAGGCGGCCGCGGGGAGUUGGAAGACCCGGCGCCGCAGAGGCCCCUGGCUUCCGAGAAGGAUUACACCGCUCACAGGGUCCGUACGGCCGACAAAACUCACCGCGCUAAGAAGGAAGCCCUCCCGCCUAUGAAGUAUGAGUCCAUCCCUGAAGGAGUCGAAGUGGUGGAAGCUACGGACCCGAACAAAGCUCGUCUACCUGUGUUCGGUUCGCGUGCAGACAUGGCUAGCCGCGCAGAGAGCCGUGUGAGUGUGGGGAGUCAGGGCAGCGUCAGGAGCGUCCUGUCCCGUCCUUCUACCAGACUCCGCCUGGAGAUAGACGAGCUGGAAAUGCUAUUGCGGGAGAAAAUGAAGGCCGGGUUCUACACCAUGAGGCAGGCUUUCAAAGCGAACGACCCUGAAGGGAAGGGAAUAGUCUCCAAGGAGGCGCUGCUGCACAUUCUGACGUCAUUCCUGGGCCGACCAAUCACGACCAAGCAACUGAAUCAUCUACUUGCAAGGUUGGGCCUUGCCAACAAGAGCGUGAUCAAGUUUGAUGAGUUCUAUGCCGUGUUCCGGGAAUCCGUGUCCUCAGAGUACCCCCGGUGGCUGGACCCCGUACAGCGCCACUUCCAGGACAAAAUCACCAUGUCUUCCACCGCAGUCCACACACAACUCAAGGAGAAAGCUAAAAUGAAGUUCCUGGACCUUGGUGACCUGAUUCCACAGAGCAACCCGGGCGGUUCACUCCGUAUCCUUCCGCCAGAGUUCCGUAACAUCCUGCAGAGAAUGGGCUUCUUCCUGGAGGACGAUGAGUUCGGCAAGCUGUGGAAAAAAUAUGAUCCAGACGACCUUGGCGUCAUCAAAGGUGACUACCUGAUGAAGAAACUCGGCAUCACCUUCAGAGAGAGCACGGCGAGUACGAAGAGGUCCCCGCGGGAGGAGACCGAUGUGAGCCUGCCGCCCACCCCUGCCCCGGCCGCUGUUCCCGCCAUCCAGCCGUCCAAAAGUCCCGUCCCCGCCGAAGAGAAAGCUGGUACUCCACCACCGUCCACAAGAAGGUCCCUGACGAAAGCAGACGUCGAGAGGAAGACAUCACUUGACAUUGAGAACUGGCUGAAGAACAAGUUCAGAGAAGGCUUCAAGAACAUGAAGAGUGAAUUCGCCAAGUACGAUCCUAAGAAGGAAGGAAAGGUGAGCCGAGAUGAUUUCAGCAAAGUUCUGGCGAAGUUUGGCCUCCAGCUAAAGGAAGAUGCACAGUUGGACCAGUUCUUUGCUCGUGUGGGGCUCGGACCGAGCGACGCCCUGUCUUACCGGUACUUCCUCCAGCGUUACCAGGACCGCAGUGAGGCUGGCAUGCCCCAUCAGAUUCUGUCUGACGAGAAGCACAGAUUCAACCGUAGCGAGGGUGCAGGUAGCGUGGCAGCCUACUCAACAGCCACCGGUGCAGAGGCCAAGCUGAUGAACAUGUUCCAGUCUGAGUUCUUGGCGCUACUUGGAACAUUCCAUAAAAUUGACAAGCGAGGAACAGACCUGAUCACACAACAGGAGUUCCGAGCGGCGAUUGAGAGCAGGUUCGGCAUCGAAGUGUCAGAUCAGGACUUUGAGAUCCUCCUGGACAGGGUUCCACUCAACAACGACGGUCUGGUCAAAUAUCCCGAGUUUAUGGCGCAGUUUGACACCAGAGGGGCGGCACCAAGCUUGUUCGACGCAAAGUCCACAAAAACAGCGGUCACCAAGAAGAAGCCAAAGGAAGAAAAGAAGCCCAAGUUGCCAGACCCAGUAGAGCUCGAGUACGAAAAGGGAAGAACCGCUGAACAGCUCUUCGUGGUUAUCAAGAAGCUGAUCACUGAACGGUUCCACGAUGUGGAAGAGGCUUUCUACGAGUUGGACGAGAACAACACCAAACGUCUGACUCAGGACAUGAUGUUCGAUCUCGUCAACAGAUUCAAUCUCCACCCCAAAAUCACGCGUGGCGAGGUACGGCGGCUGUGGGACACUUUCAUCACCAACGUGGACAAGACGCUCGACUAUCUCCAGUUCGUCCGCCAUUUCGGCUACUCUGCCAAGUCUGCUUCCUUCCCCAACGCUAAGAUCUCCCCUCCCAAACGUGGCGACAACGACUGCAUGAUCCGCUCCAGGAAACUCAACUGUGCGGCCGACAUGCUGGAAGACAACCUGCGGGCUAAGGUUGACUACAUGUGGGAUGAACUGCGGAAGGAGUUUCUGGAGAUGGACGUGUACCACACCGGGUUCGUCAGCCGUGAGGAGUUCCACGACGUGCUGACGGAACUGUGCGUACAGCUGUCUGAGUACGAGAAACACGUCCUGGCUGACAAGUUCUCCACCAGGGGAGACGGAAGAGUGUCAUACAUUGAGUUCCUGAAGCCGUUUGCCCUGCGGAAGACAACCUUCCGACACGGUAACAACAUGCUGAACCUGCUGCAGCAUCCGCAGGCAGAACUGCCCAUGAAGGACGUGGUGGACGAUCCCAACAAGGGUCUGGGAGGGAUCACGGCGAGACUAAGGCAAAAGCUGGCGGGAGAUUGGAAGUACCUUCGCCGCGCGUUUAAGAAGCUGGACAGCGACAAUACCGGCUACCUGUCCCUGCCAGAGUUCCGCUCCGUCCUGCGGCUCAGUAACCUCAUUCUAGACGAGGACGAAGUCUACCACGUCAUGUCCAAGUUCGACGAAAACAUGGAGGGAAAGAUCCCCUACAACAGGUUCUUAGAAGACACGUUGAGAAAGAAGCUAGACUCGCCGAGAAAAUCGGUGUCACCCAGGAAGUCCACGGCAUAGAUAGAAAAGAGCUCCGUCCCUAGGGCGUCACCAAAACUGACCAUAAAUUUCACUGAUCGAAAGAAUUGAGCUGUUUUGAUUCAUUCUAGAAUAAUAGAGAAAAAACGUAAACGAUUUUAUAUCAUAAGUUAUCCUGUUUGUAAUUAUUAGGUUUUAUACCUUUACACGGUUGAGAUUGAUAAUUGCAUUGCAAAGUGUAUCUUCUUCAUUAUUCAUUAUUAUUCUGUUCAUCUUAUGUAGUUCUGUCUAGAAGACGAUGUAAACACUAAAGAUUUAUAACGAUGAGAUUUUGAUACAGAAUUUAAAGGGUAAGGGUUAAUUUGUUUCUUAUGAUUAGCAUAUUUUUUCAUCUCAUAAGACAUCAUGUGGAAUGUAACUUUUGUACAGCCUUUUCCAGUUUCUCAUACUAUAUAAUACUUAAAUAGACUUCUUUAUUACUAAACGUACGACCUCUCGAAUCUAAGAACUUUUUACUUGCCAUGGGCUUUCUAUAAUAUUUCUGAUGCCUGUACUUUUUCGUCUAGUGUUCAUUUUGUACCAAUAGUAGUUUGAAAUAUUAUUUUUAUGACAAGCUGGCGAUCGUGUACACUAUCGAGAUUAAUGAGUUUAACGUUUUGAUUGAUUGUAACUAUGUUAUACCAUGCGUUAUAGAUUCUAUAUGCAUUGUCAUACUGCUUCCUAGGUAUGCUAUUAGGAUUCUGCUGAGACAUGGUGGUUGUGUAAUAGAUGUAAGGGUAAAUGAAGCUAUAAGGCAUUGUAGCAUUAAGCUGCUUAUUAUGCACUUUAGAUAGAAAACGACAGUUUGGUCUGAAUGAGUCUUGGAGUGACACUGAAGACUCCGUCCUAUCCAUCCAUGAGGCAUGAUGCUGCUAUUAGUACUGAACAGAAGAGACAAGCCUUUUUGUGGUGAUGGAACAUGUGAAAUAAAUGACACUGUGUAUGCACUACAUUUGU